CGUAUCAACGUACGUCUGGAUCUCUUCCAGAGCAGCAUCACUCAACACUGGCUCACAACACAACACACUUCACCCUGUGAUCAAAAAAACCCCUUCAACAGAUCGUGUACCUUGCUGCACUUUGAGCGGUGACGACAGGCUCAUCAGAAAAGUCACCAACGAGACACACACACUUUCCUCUCUUUUCUGUGAGUACUUGUCGAUAUAUCUUGGGUCAUUCCUUUCCAAACUUUCUUCAAGCUCUCUUUCGACCACACACAUUUUGAACACUCAGCUGACCUUGUUUGUCCACUCAUUGCUCUGCUACAUACGACACAUCCAUUCCACUCGACGACUACCGGCUCUCUCCCCUCCCCGACCCGACCCCCAUACCAUGUCCUUCCCACACAACAUGGAUCAAAACAUGCCGGAUUCACUAUCGCGACGACCCACGUCCUCCAUGUCAACCGUGCGCUCGCGUCGACGACCCAACACUCCACCCCUUUCUCUCAUCUUCCCUACGGCGUACCCUUUCCAACUUGAUCCCGUUACGCCACCACCUCGACUGGAAUCUUACGAUCAUUCGAUCGAUUACAUGGCAACCAUUCGGCCGCGGAAACCAUUCACUGAUCCUCCACGUCGUAUCUCUUCCCGUCAUACCGGCCCGCGCCUACCAUCUGUCCCAUUUCGACUCGGUCCUGCUGUUCCGUUGCAUUCUGCCACACCAUCCUCAUUGGACGUCACAGUCGUACAAUCUUUGCACGACGACGAGAUGAAUAUGAACAUCUUGACACUCUUCCCACCCACUCCAUCACCAUCUAUCCACACACCGAACAGGAAGGCAUCCGUCGACAAAUUGUUACCGACCUUGAGUAUCUCGACAGAUCACAGAGUCAAGAUCGCGGAUAGGCGCGACACCAUGGAGUCUCUUCCCGGUCCUAGCAUGCCUCGGAAAGAGCUUCCACCAACUCCACCAGAAGCUGAAGAAGAAGGUCAGGAGGGUGAAGCCUUCAACACCUCCUCCGCCUCAGCUUCCACCUCUGUCGCCUUCUCUGAACCUCAGCUACCACCUCGUCCACAACGUCGCAGACGACCCGCCAGCGGGUAUCCACAGCCCAUGGCCAGGGCUUCCACCUCUCACGACAGCCUCGAUUCAGCCCUUGCCGACAAUCGGCUCUCAUCCCAGCACCUCGAUGUCGAUCUCGAUUCCUAUUCCACAACAGAAUAUGACACUGAGGAUGAUGUAUUGGAGGACUGCGAACCCACACUCAGCUUUCGGACUGCCUCCACAACCGACUCGACCCACUACACACCUUCGUCCGUCGGUGCGAGCAAGGGUCAUCGUCCGGCCGAGGGGGAGCCGCGUAUACGUCUCAGGACAAAUACAGGACGAUCCACUGCCUAUUCUUCAGCUGAAUCCAGCAUGGCCAGUGGUGCUUAUUCCUAUUCCGCCUACGCCGACGGCAGCCUCUACCAUCCCCAUCCACCUCCGAUGCCGUCAGUUCCGCGUCAAACCAAGAACGAGCAGAUUGGUCUAGGCUUCUCCAUGCCAGACCUUGCCAUUCCGACAUUCCAAGCCGAGAGCAGCCCCAGUGUUGCGGACCCGAACUCUCCAGCUGGUUCCUUUGCUCAUCGCCCUUGGAGAAGAGAUCCUGCUUCUCAGAGGAUGAGGAGCGAUUCUGCGUCUUCGGCCGUCGACUAUGAUUCAGAACUGAAUCAAUCAGCUAAUACACCGCCUGUCGACCUAGCGGUGGAUGGGAUCGACUUCCCUGAUAUGCCAUGGGCAAACAAGGAAGAUCUUGCGUCUGAUGCCGUUGCCCUAGUCGAAGACGGAAAGAGCAGGGUGAUCGACAAAACGCGUAUAGCAGGCCUCGGUGGAGUCGAGUCUCUCGAGGGGGACGUCUUGGCAUCCCUCGCAGGUACGACCCACUUGCUACUUGACAACAUUGGAUCCAACCUCGAGCAAGUCCUGCCCGCGCUUCUCUCCGUUGUCGCGUCAACUCUCGUCGUCCUCGAUAUCUCAGCCAAUGGCCUGCCGCUGCUCCCGGAAACUCUCAGACACUGCACUCUGCUGGAGGAGCUCAACGUUUCUGGCAACCCGAUACGCGUCUUGCCGACGUGGAUGGCCGAAUUGGUCGAGAUGCGAGUGUUGGCUGUAGACGGAUGCCAGCUUCAGAGCAUCCCUCAGGACCUGUCAGCUCUUGGUAGACUGCACACACUGUGCCUUCGAGGGAAUCGUCUGGUCUCGCUCCCGUCUUGGCUCUGUCUCUUAAGUCAUUUGGAGACCUUGAGGGUGGACGAGAAUCCUUUUGCUCCAGAAUGGCUUCCCAUCGUUUCCCCUAUCCUGACUUCGUCGUCAGCCACCAUGCCAGCUCGAGCAAUUCCUCCAAGAUCGAGCUCCGUGCAGAGAAGACCCACGUAUGCCAGAUCCCGCUCGUCCAGUGCUGCGAUUUCUCUCAAUUCGAGUUCAGAAGAUGGCCAGAGUCCUCUCGCUCAGGCUACAUCAAGCCUGAACCUCGACUCGAUCAACGAGAAUGCACCACGUUCGGCCCCACCUCCAAGCUCAAACGACAUUGUCCCUCAUUCGGCUAACCCACUCUCAGCAUCUCCCUCGAGUCCAGAGAAGAUGUCCACAAUCCUCGAAUCUCCCCGUGGACUUCGAAAGAUGAAGUCUGCCAGUGACCUCCUUGCCGGCCUCGACAACGCAGGGCCGUCCAAGCCAUCUGUUCGAGGACCCAGUCACGAUCUUCAAAGCAGUGCAGGCAUCAAUCACAGCGACAGCGUCUUUGCGCGUAGUCUUGGUGCGAAGGAAGGAGCCCGGAUCGGCGCCUCUAUCCUUCCCAACUAUGAAGGGUCGACGUCCCCGUCGAAACAGCCUCGUCCUUCGACAUCCUCGUCAGCAACGGGCAAAAGUGGUAAAUGGGGUUUCUUGCGGAAAAUGUCAAAGCAUCGACUCCGAGGUGACAAGGAUUCUUCACCCAGGUCGUCAGAUGGCAACGUUUCACCUGUGCCGCCUUUAAUCCACGCUCACUCAGAUAUGGGUCCGAGGUCACCUCAAUCCGCUCGGCCCAGUUUUAGCACUGCGCAGUCGUCAUUGACUUUGCCUCUCCAUCGCAAUGCCAUGUCGGAGUUCGGAUCUCUACCAUCGACACCGUCGGUUGCUAGUAUAGCUGCUGUUCCUCACACGCUGCCUGCGACUUCGCAUGGCUCCAACAGUCUGCCCAGGGCUGUCAAGAGACGAAGCUACUUGAUGGUGGAUCAAGCGCCUUCCCUGUCGGUCAACAUUCCGUCGUGGUCCCCAUUUUUCGUGGACCAUUCGACCUUUGAACACCCUUCGCCGAAUCCCCCGAAUCAGAUCGACCUUUCGACCCCAGACCCUCAGCUUUCAGGUCAAGGCACAGGCUUAUUUCCCAGUCAGACACUCAGAUCAGAGCCAUUCCAAAACGGUCUUGGAUCUCCGGUGCAGCUCAACCCUGAGGCGAGAUAUGCCCAAGGCCUGGAAAGCAUCAAGUCUUAUCUUCGAGACCUGUUCGAUCUCUCUCGCACACCGAUCGAGCCAUACGGCAGUUUCGAGGUGGUACAGACGGUGGAGCAUGGGCAUGAAAGCCCGGACACCUCUUCCGCUGGUCUCUCACGGGAGUCUAGAAGCUCCAUCGCCGAUGCUCGCCGGACUCGUCGUCCUACGAUGGAUGUCAACUCCUUGGCGGGCGCCGAGGGGUCACUCACAGCCUCGUCUGCCUCUGUGGUCAGCUGUGAGACGGCGGAGAGUGGCGUCUUGACUGGGAAAAAAUUCAAGAAUGACGCUGCGAAGAGAGCUCGAGUGCUUCGAGAGAUCUGGGAGACGGAACGUACAUAUGUUCGAGGCCUAGGCGAACUGGUCACAAUCUACGUCAAGCCUUCUUCUCAUCCGGUCAAUGCUGGCAAGUCGAAUGAAACGAUCAUUCCUGCUCCCGAGCGGAAGGUGGUCUUUGGCGGUAUCGAAUCGAUCUUGUCGAUUCACAGGGACAAUCUGCUGCCUGCUCUCGAAAAGGCAAUCCGACCUCUUCUCGAAGGCAAAGAUGACGAGGACGGCGAUCUGUCGACGACCACCGCCCAUGCAGUCGGAGAAGUUUUCAGGACAUAUAUAGCCUACAUGAAGCAAUACUCGAGCUACAUCAACAACUUUGACAAUGCGCAAUCCAGGAUGAAGACUUGGAGCGCUCCAUCGUCCGUCCCGACUACUCCGUCCUACCCCUCCAGGCCAUCUCUCGGUCGAAGCUCUACGGCUCAUACAGGAAGUGUAUCGAGUGCCGCUAUCAGCGUUGGAAUGGGUUUGAGCUCGCUCAGUCUGCCCCUGGCGGAAGCAAUGCCCUCCACAGGUAAUCAGAUGUCAUCGAGUCAGAAGAAGCGUGUCAAGGCUUUCCUCAAAAAAUGCCGUGAACAUCCUCUCCACUCUCAGAUCAACUUGGAAAGCUACUUGUUGCUACCGAUCCAAAGGGUGCCGCGGUACAAGCUCUUGCUUGAAGAUCUUGCAAUGUGCACCAUGCCACAAGCGGAUGGUCCACGCGACACGCUCGACGAUGCCUUGAACGAAAUUGCCUCUCUUGCUUCCUUGAUGAAUGAAGAGAAGCGCGAUGCGGAUUCUCGACUCCGACUCCUUCACUGGCAGAAGCGAAUCACCAUGCGAGGACCAUCACCUUUGGUUCAACCACACCGACGGCUCAUCAUGGACGGCGCACUGACAUUGAUCCGAUUGGUCAAAAAGGCGUCUUCAUUCGUCGAGAUGGACACCACGGUUGCAAACUUCAGCGUCAGCUGCAAAGCUGAUAUCGAGCAAACCAUCACGCCGAGCAAGGUGGUUGUACCGGUCGAGCAUAUUACUCCAGAGCCCAUGGAUCGACCCAUUAUGCUUAUCCUGUGCUCCGAUCUUUUGGCGCUUGUUCAACAACGGACUGCAGCCGGCGGCUGGGACGGUCCUGUUGACCUGUUCAACGUAUUGCGAAUGGGAACGUUGCGAGAGCCGGCGAGCAUCGUUCAUGGCAAUGUCCUACGCGUGGUAGACAACAAGUCUAUCUACUACUUCAACGGCGAAUCGCCCGAGAUGAUCCUCCAGUGGUCUCGAGCUAUCAAUUCGGCUCGACGACGAUGAAAAAGCCUUCCUUAUCUCUGCCGGUUCUCAUUUGCUCGAAUUGUUGUACAGAACAUCGUUUGGACAUUUCACCCUGCACAUAAUAUCUUUCAGACAUUUUCAAAGCCCUCCUUUUGGACCGGGACUCAUUUCGUAUGUUGUGAAGUCGAGCGGUCCCAAUGGAAGGUUUUUCUUUAGUAUGGUAGUUUUUUCUCG